AUGAGUAAGCUUGUGUUGAACAAUAAAACUGCUGUCAUUACCGGUGCAGCCAAUGGGAUCGGCUUCGCAACAACCGAAGAACUACUCAAAAAUGGAGUAUCGAAAGUACUGCUUUUGGAUAAAAAACCGGAGUUAACCGAAAAGCAGUACGCCCAGCUCGAGGCAUGCAACUCGGAGGCGGACAUCUUUUAUGUACGGUGUGACGUCACCGACAAGCAACAACUGGAAUUUGUUUUCUAUAAGUAUGUUCUGGACCUACUCGGAUCAUUCGACAUACUUGUGAAUUCAGUGGGAGUUUGGGAAUUAGAUUCCAACAAGUGCAUCGAUGUCAAUUUGAUUGGUUCGAUGCACUGCACUCUACUUGCAAUUGAUGUGAUGAAUAAGGAGAAAGGUGGUACAGGAGGAUUUAUUGUUAACAUCACUAACCCGGAAACCACUAUUUACACCGAAGAGACAUAUGGGAUGGCCGGUUUCACACGAACGCUGGGGACAGAAUCGAUGUACAACAAAACGGGGAUCAAACUUACGGCAAUCUGUCCGAGUAUUGCCAAAUCUAAUAUCAUGAAAGCAUUAGUGGACAGCUCUGCCAGUUUUCUACUGAUGAAGGAAAUAUUCGAGCUUAUCAAAAAAUUUGGCGAUGGACAAACAUGCCCUAUCGGGAAGUCCAUUGUGAAGGUCAUAAUGGAAAAAGAAACAGGAUCGGUUUGGUUGUCUUCCUCGGAUACUGAAAAUGAUACUGGAUACCGGAUUUCUGAGAUUAAGUUUGAGCUUAACAAAUAUGUCUAG